UGUCACAUCAUUGGACAUUGUAUUACUACACUGACUGGCUGCUCUAAUCUCUCCACUACUUGAGCCAUCGUCUCUCUAUUGCGGACUGUUACUGAUCCUGCCAAGAGCCUGCCCAGAUAUGGCCGGCGUAAUUAAGAAAGGAUACCUGGACGUCAAGAUGAAGGGGAUGAUCAGCUCGACGUACAAAAGGAGGUAUGUCAUUCUCAGACGAAACACUGACAAAGGAAGCAAAGCAGUGGAAAUCACUGAAACGGAGACUCUGGAUCAAAAUGACAUCGAUAUUAUUCCACUGAAUGAUGCAUGGACAGUACAGGAAAAGGCAUCUCAGAAUAAGAAGAGAUAUGCUUUUGAGUUGGUUGUAGGUGGUAAUGUUAUGAUGACAUUUAGCUGUCCUUCACUGGCUAAUAGAGAGGAAUGGACAGAGUCAUUUCACAUUCUUAACAAAGUCUCGGCAUAUUCACCACCUCUUAAUGCACCAGACAUGUACUCUGUCGUAUUGGAGAGGAGUCUAUCAGCUGUUGAAAUAGGAGUAUCGGGUCCUUGUCUGCUCAGGUUGCAAGACAGCGCUAUUGUCCUUUACUCAGAGUGUGGACGGAAUAAGUUACAUAAUUGGGCAGCAGAGAAUGUAAAGAACCUCUCUCUUGGAGUAGAGCAGUUACUUCUGGAGGUUUACAGACCAGGCAAUAAAGCAUUGACAGAAUUCAUUUUCAAUGUGGAAAUGAACGUCGGGCGACAGAUACUCACCUCAUGGAGUAUGUCACUUUUGGAAAACGUCGACCCACGGAAGCUCAACCUGAUAUCCAAUUACAUACUAAGCACUCAAGGGAACGGAGGAGGGAAAGAGGCCAGCAAAUCCAACAGCUUGUCAAAGAAUUUCUUUGGCACCCUCAAGCAAAAAGGAUCACAGACAAAUAUCAAAGAUGAAAAGGGUACGCAAACGUACAGUUAUACAUGUACAUGUAUCCAGUACAAAUGUUUAGAGGGUGUUUUGUGUAUGAUAAUGAUAAUUGUCAUUAUCACUUCUAUACCAAAGCAAUUUAGGAUGGAGACACAGAGUCUGUGCCCUGUUGUACCAUGCAUGUAACUAAUGAAAUCAAUA